AUGAUCUCCUCAACAGCAUGGGUCUCUCGCGGCUUGCCGGCGCGCAACCCGACAAAGUACGCGCUAGAUCCCAACGAGAUGCAACGUCUUUCCAAGUUGGCAGGUGUGCAAUUCGAUGAGGCCAAGGCGCAGUUGGAGAGCGCUCGUAUACGAUUAGCUGGAGAUGUGGAUGUGGAGGAGGAGGAGGAGGAGGAGGCGGAGGAAAGGGAGUGGAGCGAUGAGGAUGACGAGGAUGAUGAGGAUGAGGGGAAAGGGGCGAGGAAGAUCAAGAUGCAAGAGGAUCAGCAGGCGACGAAGACGGAGGCGGAGGCAGAGGCGGAUCCAAACGACUUGUCGCGCUACAAUCUGGACACGUACGGCGAGGAUGAUGAGGAUGAGGAUGGCAUGGCGGGCGGCAACGGCAACGGCAACGGCAACAGCAACAUCUUUAGCAACAUCAAAGGCCUGCAAUAUCAUCGCAACAACGAUCAAGAUCCCUACAUCACCUUGCGCGGUGCCAGCGACUUGGAAGAGGAGGAAGCUGCGGAGAGGGAAGAGCUGCAGGUGCUGAAAGAGGACAAUAUGAUCGUCAGUUGCAAGACGGAGGAUGAGAUCUCGAUGCUGGAAGUGCACAUCUACAAUCAUCACGCAAGAGAUUUCUUUGUUCAUCACGAUCUCUUGCUGCCCGCCUUUCCACUCGCGCUGCAAUGGCUCGACUUUAAUCCUGCCGGCGUAGUGGGCGCCAGCAGCGGCAGCGGCAGCGUGGGGGCCAAAGGCAACUUUGUAGCGGUGGCUACCAUGGACCCCACCAUCGAGAUUUGGAAUCUGGACGUGGUGGAUGGCUUGUUUCCCAAUGCCAUACUGGGCAAUCAAGAGGCCGUCAAGGCGAUGGAUAUGCCAGCUGGCACAGGAAAAAAGAAACGUCGAAUGCCUGCUCCUCGCAUUCCAAACGAUGCCUAUCACGUGGAUGCGGUGCUGGGACUGUCAUGGAACACGCACGCGCGCAACUUGCUCGCUUCCUGCUCCGCCGACAGUACGGUCAAGCUGUGGGAUCUGACUCGAGCGCCCAGUGGCGCUACAGACUUCGACUCGCCAGGCGGCACGACGGCCCUUCGAUCCUUUUCUCAUCAUACGGACAAGGUACAAUCGGUAGCGUGGGACACGUCCGGUUCUUCCAUCGGUGCAGUGCCCAACCCAGCAGUACUGCUCAGCGGAUCGUACGACAAGACGCUGCGCGUAUUCGAUACGCGCACGCCAGAAAAGGGAUUGAUCGCAAAUGUGCACGAAGAUGUGGAGUGUUUGACUUGGGAUCCUUGGAACGCCAACAGGUUCAUCGCUUCGUUCGAAGAUGGCCUGGUCAAAGCGUACGACGUUCGGUCCCUACCCAGCGCCCCCUCCUCCUCCCCUCCCUCCAAUCCCAAGUCCAAAUCCAGCGCAACGAAACAGCAACACGUCACGCAGGCGCUCUUCACCCUCGCAGCGCACGAUGGAGCUUGCACCUCCGUCUCCUUUUCCAAAGAUGUCAAGGGCUGCUUCGUGACGGGCGGAACGGAUAAACUUGCAAAAGUGUGGAACGCCACGUAUGAAGAGGAUGACGCGGCGGGUGCGCAAGGCAGAGCGCCCAACAAAAGACCCAAAGAGAUCGCUUUGGUCGCUAGUAGGGAUUUGGACGCUGGAAAAAUCUUUAGCACCUCUCUAUCGCCCGACGAUCCGCUCGUGCUCAGCGUAGGAGGCAGCGCUGGCAAGCUGCGCUUGUGGGAUCUGAGCAGCAAUGCGGGAGUGCGCAAGACUUUUGCAAAGAGCUUGCACGAGCUGCGCAGCGCUCGACCCGACAUGACGCCCGAUGCGGAUGCGAGUGCGAGUGCGGAUGAGGAGGCAGCAAGCGUUUUGGGAUUGAGCGAUGGGGAUGAGGAGAGCGAUGAGGAUGAGGAAGCGGUGCGGGAGCCCGUGGAAGAGGACGACGCGAUGAGGGAAUGA